AGCAGUGAAGACUAGAUCUUCAUAGGUACUGGAAAAGUCUAGGAGUUUCUUGAGAGUAGAAUUCCUUAGCUGCUUGUUGUGAUCUCACUUUCAUAGGAUGAGAGUGUGAGGAAAUUACGGAAGACAAGUGCUUCCAAAGUAUCUGGAAAAGGAGUGAAAUCUGCGCACAGGUCAUUGGACGCACGCACAGAUGUUGAAGGAAACAUUCAGCUGAACUGAUCCAUUUUUAAAAGUCCACAGGAAUAAGUGAAGUCAGUGAUGAGCAGCAAUGUUAUUAGAAGACCAAAUCCUCAAGUUCUGAGUCAGUUUGCUCACAAACAGUCUGAAUGCCAUUAUGUUGACACUCGGGAAUUAAAUUCUUAUUUUUACAAUGUUCAUCUCUGAGACCGGUGGCAAGGGGGAACAGAUUACUAUGUGGCUUUUCUGAUACUAACUUCUGCCUCCCAGAUCCAUGGAUGCUGCAGAGUUCCGCAAGAGGGGGAAGGAGAUGGUGGACUAUAUUGCAGAUUACCUGGAGAAGAUAGAUAAAAGACAGGUCUUCCCAGAUGUGGAACCAGGAUAUCUGAGGCCCCUCAUUCCAGAUUGUGCACCCCAGGAUCCUGAGAGCUUUGAGGAUGUCUUUAAAGACAUUGAGAAGAUCAUUAUGCCAGGGGUGACACAUUGGCACAGUCCGUACUUUUUUGCCUACUUCCCUGCAGCCAGUUCCUUCCCAGCUCUUCUUGCAGAUAUGUUGUGUGGUGGAAUAGGAUGUGUGGGCUUCUCUUGGGCUGCAAGUCCAGCUUGCACGGAGCUGGAGACUGUUGUGCUGGAUUGGCUAGGGAAGAUGAUUAAUUUGCCUGAAGAGUUUUUAGCUGGGAAGGAUGGACGAGGUGGAGGAGUCAUUCAGGGAAGUGCCAGUGAAGCCACACUGAUGUCACUGCUUGCUGCAAGAACAAAAACUAUCAGACGAGUGCAGUCAGAAAAGCCUGAACUAACAGAAGCAGAAGUCUUGGGCAGGCUGGUGGCGUAUGCUUCUGAUCAGGCCCAUUCAUCUGUGGAAAGGGCUGCAUUAAUUGGUGGUGUGAAGAUAAAAAAUGUUUCUUCAGAUGAAGAAUUUACUGUUUGUGGUUCAGCCCUAAAGAAAGUUCUGGAGGAAGACAAAGCUGCUGGUCUUAUCCCAUUCUUUUUUUGUGCAACACUUGGAACCACACCUUGCUGCUCCUUUGACAGACUGUUAGAACUGGGUCCUAUUUGUAAUAAGGAAAAUGUCUGGAUGCAUAUUGAUGCAGCCUAUGCUGGGAGUGCAUUCAUCUGCCCUGAGUUCAGACAUCUUUUAAAUGGAGUGGAGUUUGCAGAUUCAUUUAACUUUAAUCCUCACAAAUGGCUCCUAGUGAAUUUUGACUGCUCUGCGAUGUGGGUGAAAAAAAGAUCGGAUUUAACAGGCGCCUUUAAAUUAGAUCCUCUUUAUCUGCAGCAUCACCAUCAGGAGUCUGGCCUUGUAACAGAUUACCGGCACUGGCAAAUCCCCCUGGGGAGGAGGUUCCGCUCCCUGAAGCUCUGGUUCGUGCUGAGGAUGUACGGGGUGACGGGACUGCAGGAACACAUCCGCAAGCAUAUCAGGCUGUCACAUCAAUUUGAACAUUUAGUCCUUCAGGAUGAGCGAUUUGAGAUCUGUGCUGAGGUCAUCUUGGGACUGGUCUGUUUUCGACUAAAGGGCUCAAAUGAACUAAAUAAGGCACUGCUUAAAAGCAUAAAUGAGGCCAAGAAGAUUCAUCUGGUCCCAUGCCACCUGCGAGAAAAGUUUGUGCUACGUUUUGCUAUUUGUUCCCGCACAGUGGAAUCCACCCACGUCAAGUUUGCCUGGCAGCACAUCUCACAGCUGGCAACCGAUCUUCUAAAAACAUGGGAGCAAAACCAGCAACAGCAGUAGCAGAAGUGAAAUAGCAGUAGCUGGGAGGUAAUUAACUGGCUUUCUCUGUGUUGCCAAGUUUUAUUUUAGGGGCAGGUGGGAAAGUUAAAUUAUGAGGGGGAAAAAAUACAAAAGCUGUUGUUAUAUAGCCCAGCUGUGUUAGCAAAAUCAUAGCCAGCAAGUUGUGUUGUAGCCUUAGUCAUUGAUUAUCUGUACUGUAAUUUCAUCUUGACUGUUUUGGGGAUGGACGUAGCCACGGGUGCUGGCGCUGUGAUUUCUUUCCUAUUUGAAAUGAAGAGCAUUUACCGAACUAGUCAGUGGAAUCGGAACAUUGUCCCCAUUAAACACGUCCACGCCUUUCUUCACAGAUGAAACCAUGAGGUGCUGUAACCAAUUAAUUUAACAUUAUUAUGACCUUAGAAAAAUCCAGCUCAUCAGAACUUCAGUAACCUGGUUAUAGCACUGCUUGCGUCCUACGUAAACUGGCAAGCACAAACUUACAAUAUAACCGUUCGGGGCACUAUCAUGUCAUGACACACUUGCUGCAGUAAUUUGGCAAAUGAAGUUAGGGCCUUGAGGACUUCUUUCACUAAAAAGCUAAAUCAGGGGUGAGUGAGCAUGAAAUGAAAGCUAGCAGUCCUCAUAGCAGGUUCACUGGUCUCCCCCUUACAGGGUUUGCUUUUAAGACAGCCAUUUUCUCAAAUCUCAGCAAAUGGUUUAUGCUACCUAUUGAUUUUCACUUUGAGGAUUCGUAAUGAUGCCUCUUAUAAGCUCCUUCUUAGGAGUUUUGUCAAAGACAAUGUGCUAUCUGAUUUUGUGUUUUUCAUCAAGUUGUUAUAAGCAGUAAUUACUCGAAAAAUAAUUUGAAACCUGUCUUUUGUGAAAGGUAGCCCUGUGAUUUGUAUGGCUGCCAUUCUAUUUAUUUCAGCAUGUGUAACUUUAAAUCUUUGACAAAAUAUAGUUAAAAAUUUAAAGAACUGACCCCAGAAUAUACUUUUGUGCCCCCAUCAGUGUUUUUGAUCUACCAACAAGUAAGUCUGGAGUAUGAAAUAAAUUUAAUUAGGUAUUGAAAAAUAAUUAAUUUUCAGAAAGUCAAAUAAUGUGCAGUUAACACACCAUUGAUAUGUCAUCUUCCUGAAUGCAGUAAAGAGAUGAAAUAAAGGUCAGAGACAGUAUCUGACUUCUAAGUACUUUUGCCAUUUUGAAAACACGAAUUCCAAACAUUUAGUUCUACACAGGCAAGAACAAAAUACAUGGCUACUCCAGGAGGGAUAAUCUAUAGGAUUCAUUGCUAUGUUUGCAUUUAUUUUAAUCUUUCCCUUCUGUUGUUCCUUUUACGUUCUAAUGUAUGUUGAACAACUUUCAAAAUUGUUGCGUUUCCUUCCUUCAUCGCAUGCAAUGUACUCACUACAUUUAGGAAGUUACAUAUAGGCUGUGAAAUAUGCACCAAGACAGUUAGUUUGGCACAGAGUCUGCUCCUGUCCACCAUCUCUCCAGAGGGGGGAUCAAGGAAGCAGACUGUGGACCAGGUGGAUUUUUCUGAUGAUUCCUAGUUACUCCACUUAAAUUGGAGGAAGAUGAGUGUUACUGUAUAUGCAGGUGACACAGAGAUGUGCAUUAAUCCUGACACUUGGGAAAAAUCGACCAAACUCUGCAUUUCUAGCAGGUUAAGUCAUGAGAGUAGGGUAGGCAAUGGCAUACAGCCCUUCUGUUAGGCUAGUUAGAAGUUAUUUUUUCCACCCAGAUGGAAAAGCAGAUUAGUGUUUGUUUAAAGAACUGAUUUCAUGUGUAACAGAUGAAGCAAGGUGUGACAAAUUAAUCUGGCAAAACCAAGUAAUAGUCUAGCACGUGACAGAGCCAUUCCACAAGAUACUGCUCUCAGCUGCAUCAUCAGAAAUUUGGAUAAUACCCUUCUCUUUAGCAGAACCAAUAUCAAAUUAAGAUUUUCUGUGAUAGUACAGUACAACAAAUUAGGAGAUUGAAUAAAGCUGAAAAUGCUGGCAGUUAUUUUUAUGUUUUUUAUUUUUAAAACAACAUUUGUCUCAUCUCAUUGUUUGGGAAACAACACUGAUUCGUAGCAAAUGUGGUCCAUCAUGACAUAAUUUUUACAGCUUUCACAUUAUGAAAAACAUUCGAAUCUGGGAGCCAGAGAAGAACUACACCUGUAUGAGACAGACCAAUAUUUUGUGUAUCCAGGAAAAAAAAAAAAGAUCAAAUUCUGACCAAAGCUAUGAUAUAGUAAAUCCAGGAUAAUUCCACUGAAAUGAAAUGGAGUUGCUUUGCCUUUAUGUGACUGUAAUGGAAAUUAAAACCUGACUAAUAGGAAGUGGAAAAGAAAUGUGUAACGUAAGGCAACGCUACACUGAACAUAAGAGGAUUUCAGUGGAAAUCCUCUCCAUGGAAACCAGAGCGCAGGAGGAUAAUACAUGCCUGUGUAAGCCUCAGACUGCUAUGGAAGUGGUAGGUGGGCAGGAUG